AGUUCAUCAGACAAAUUCACAAUAUCCAGUUGAUAUUUAAUAAUGGGAAAUAAAGUGACAACAUUUUCAGAUGAACAACUUGAUAAUUAUCAAGAUUGUACAUUUUUUACAAGAAAAGAAAUUCUCAGAAUUUUUAAAAGAUUUCGAGAAAUCGGUGAUCCAGGAUUUGUACCAAAAACAAUGACUUCAAUUGAUGCUGCAAAGUUACGUUUGCCAUUUUCAUGUCUUGAAAAAAUACCAGAAUUAAAGGAAAAUCCAUUUAGAGAAAGAAUAUAUGCUGUUUUUUGUCGGCAAAAUAAUCAUCAAGAAAAUUUACGAGAUGAGGGUAUUUGCUUCGAGGAAUUUUUGGAGAUGAUGUCCGUAUUUUCUGAACAAGCGCCUCGUGAUCUUAAAGUUUUUUAUGCCUUUAAGAUUUAUGAUUUUGAUGGUGAUGGAGUCGUGGGUAUUGCUGACCUGGAGCAAACAUGCCGUCAAAUUGUUCAAGAUGGUUUAACAACUGAUGAAAUAUCAACAAUAUGUAAAAAAGUACUUGAUGAAAGUGACAUUGAUGGUGAUGGUGCAUUAUCAUAUAUUGAAUUUGAACAUGUUGUUACAAGGGCAUCUGAUUUUUUAUCAACAUUUCAUAUGAGAAUUUAA